AUGUACACAAAGUCUCGGGACGUUCUACAUGAAUCAGAGGGAGCAGAGCUGUUAAAGAGGGAGGCUCCUGUAAUUGGGGGAUCAGUCGGAGGAUUUGCUGCCCUUAUAGUGUGCUUGGUCGCCGUCAUAAUUCUCUCUCUUACAGGGAUUGUGUAUCUCUGGCGAGACGAUGGCCCUUUGAGUAGAUCGCACCGCUACGGCUCUUCCAACUCUAGGGGAUUCUCCUUGCCAAAAUUCACCAAUUUCUUCCAGUUUGGUGCCUAUCGAUCAUCUGGGCAUUCAGCGGCUCCCCUCCCGACACAUACGCCAACGUCCUCUAUCAAAAUGAGCAAGGAAUCAGUCCAAGGUUGGGCGCGAGCUACAUCGCCGGAUGACUUCGAUCCAGAUGGACUGCGACAACUCUCAUACGCCCAUGCAUCCCGCUCGCUGUCGCUAUCCCCGCCACCUUCCACUUACUCGCCAUCACCCGCACCGGGUUCCCCAUUCCAACCACCAAUGCGACUAGACCCAGCAUCAAGCGUCGUACGGUUCGAGAAUUCCCACAACGUAACGGUUUACCAUCCGAUUCUUUCCGCGUCACCCCAGCCCAGCAUCCCUACAAUUACGACGAUACCAUCGAAUCCCCCUUCUCCGCCACCCCCACUACGCACUGUUUCUCCGGAGCCCAUGACUUUUAACGACAGCGACGCUGAUGAAGGAUAUAAAUUUGCUGUCCAUUCUGGAGUAACUAUGCGGACCCUCCAAAGAGGUACAAAAUUCGUUGAAUCAUUGUAG